GCCAGGCCAGCUGUGGGCGAUGAGCUUGAGGGCGAUGGUGCGGCUGACGGCGCUGGCGUGCGCCACCAACCCGGCUUCCGCCCUCGCUCCCGGCGGGAGGAGCCUCGUCGGCGGCGCUUUCCGCGUGGCCUCUGCGCCGGCGGCCAGCGCCAGCACAGCCGCGGCCAGCGCGGCCGCCUCCGCCGCCGCCGGGUACGACAACGGCAGGUUCGCCGGGCGGUACGCGCUGGGGAAGAACCUGCCGCCCGUCAAGGCCAAGAAUGGCUUCCGCUUCGCGCGGACCGAUGGCGAGGUUCGCGUGCUCGGCGGCGCGUGCUCCGAAGUGCUCUCUGGUCCCAACCUGGCGGAGCUGCUGCGGCCCGGCUUCGAGCUGGAGGUUCGUGCGAUGGAGGCGCUUCGCCGGGGUGAGCCGGCCGAGUCGCUCUCGGUGCACACCUCCACGGGCGUGCCACUGCAGCUGGAACAGUUCCUCGCCGCGCUCGGGCCGCACCUGCCGAGCAAGAGCGGCGACUGGUGCGUCAACCUGCAGGCGGAGGGCGCCAGCGCGGUGCACGCCGCCAUCGACAUGGCGCUGCAGAUGUCCGGGGCCGACCUCGGCAGCCCCAGCGCGCGCACCCGCGUCGCGUGCGGCUCCUCCUCGUACCACGGUCCGGCGUCCACCUCGCCCGGCGGAGGCACACCCCUCGGCGCACAGGCCAAGGGGCUGACGCACCCUGUGCGCUACCCGGUGCCGAGCCCGUUCCUGCGCUGGCGCGGCGAGGACGAGGCCGCCUUCCACGCCCGCAUGCUCGCCGACUUCAACGCCUACCUCGACAAGUACGGCCACGAGGUCGGCGUCCUCCUCGUGGAGCCACAGUGGGGCUCCUCCGUCGCGGCGAUGCCGUGGCCACCCGCGCUGCUUCGCGACUACAUCUCCGCCGCAAAGGCGCGCGGCAUCGCCGUCAUCGCAGACGAAAUCAUGUGCGGCCUCGGCCGGCACGGCGCCGAGCCGGCCGCUGGCGGCACGGGCUGCUUCCUCUCCGAGUGUUGGGACCUGCAGCCGGACAUCCUCACCUUCGGCAAAGGCAUCGGCGGAGGAGCCGGCCACCUACUCUCCGGGGCCGUCGUGCUUGAGGGCGCGAGCAAGCUGCAGGGUGGGCCCGCGGGCACCGCCUACCAGUCGCACACGUACGCCGGCUCGUCGGCGCGCGCCCUCGCCAACGGGGCGGCCCUGCUCGCCUCGCUCGAGAAGUGGAGGCCGUCGGUGCGCGCGAUCGAGGCGGCGGUCGCCCCGAUCGCGGCUGAGCUCAACGAGGCGUCGGGCGGCGCGGUGCUUGCCCACGGGCAGGGCGCGCUGUGGGGCGGCCUCUUCGCCCACCCCGAUCCCCAGGCGCGCACCGCCGCCAACCUCGAGUUCAAGCGCCUCUGCGCAGAGGCGCGCGUGCUGCCCUACUUUGUGCCCGUUGGCGGCUUCAUGCUUACGCCGCGCUACGACGACGACCCCGACGUGUAUGGUGCCGCUGUCAGGGACAUGGCCGAUUGCGCGUUGCAGGCGGCGCGCAGCAUGGGUUGGGCGCCGUCGGCGCUUCUGCCCGUCUCAAAGCCCGCACCUCGAGAGUCUUGAGGUUUGAGGCGCUACACUUUGCACGGCCGGUUCCACUCGAACGGCCGGUUCCACUCGAGUUUGCGGUACGAAAAGGUGCCGGGGCGCGUUCGCCGUCGCUGCCACCGGUUUGGGGGAUCGCCAGCCACGUCCCACGUGGUCGUGCAGUCCAGCACCUUACGCCAUGCGGCAGCAACGCGGGUGCAAGGUGUGUUGCAACGUGAGGUGCUCGGGGUCCGACCGCAUACGUGAAGCUAGCAUUUGAUAUGUGCGUGUGUGCGGUUGUGAGGGUCCUCUACGGCUCUUGGGCUCUAGCGUUUCUAGCUCGGGUUGUCUCAUCACACGAAAAUAGCAAUAAAACCCU